UUAUAUAUACGUGGUUUUCAACUAUAGCUGCAAUCUUGCAGUUCAAAAUUCCAAGCUUUGCUCUAAUGAAGGCUGCUCUCAAAUAUUUGGUAGGCAUUGCUGGCCCAAGUGGCUUUGGCUCUAAAUCCACUGCUGACCAAGUCACUCAACAUUCCUCUCUCAAUUCUCAGCAGCUCAUGACUGCAAUUAUCACUGGCGCAACAUCAGGGAUAGGGGCAGAAACAGCAAGAGUACUGGCAAAAAGGGGUGUAAGGAUAGUAAUCCCAGCAAGGGACUUAAAGAAAGCAGCAAUUGUGAAGGAAUCCAUACAAAAAGAGAGUCCAAUGGCUGAGAUUAUAUUAUUAGAGAUAGACUUGAGUUCAGUUGCUUCUAUUCAGAGAUUUUGUGCUCAGUUCUUGUCUUUAGGACUGCCUCUUCACAUUCUCAUAAAUAAUGCGGGGAAAUUUUCGCAGAAACUGGAGUUCUCUGAAGACAAAAUCGAGAUGACUUUUGCCACAAACUACUUAGGUCAUUUUCUAUUGACAGAGUUGCUAUUAGAGAAAAUGGUGGAGACAGCAGAAGCCACAGGGAUUCAAGGAAGAAUAGUGAAUGUUACUUCAGUAGUUCACAACUGGGUGAAAAGAGAUCAAUUCCGUUUCUGCAAAUUGCUCAAUCCCAACAAUUAUAAUGGUACUCGUGCAUAUGCUCAGUCAAAAUUGGCCAACAUUUUACAUGCCAAGGAAUUGUCAAGACAAUUAAAGGCAAGAAAUGCAAAUGUGGCUAUCAAUGCAGUCCAUCCUGGAAUUGUAAAGACUGGAAUAAUCAGAGAUCACAAGGGCUUUAUCACAGAUUCUCUCUAUUUUAUGGCAUCAAAGCUUCUAAAGUCAACAUCACAGGGUGCAGCAACCACAUGCUAUGUAGCACUGAGCCCACAAACAGAAGGGAUAAGUGGGAAAUACUUUGCAGACUGCAAUGAAAGUCACUGUUCAGUUUUAGCAAAUGAUGAAACUGAAGCUCUUAAGCUUUGGAAGGGUACUCGUGUUCUCAUCCAUAGAAGAUUGUUUCCACAUGUAGGUUGAACAAAGCAUUAUAUCUUCUUUUUUUUCUUUUUACUUUUGCGAAGGAGGGAUGUACAUGUAAAUAAAUAGAUAUACUCUUGUAUAUCCAUGAUCACAAAUGAAAAUAUCAUACAAAUAGUCCAA